AUGGGCUUCACCAUCUCCUCCCUCUUCUCCUAUCUCUUCAGCAAGAAGCAGAUGUGCAUUUUGAUGGCUGGAUUGGUUGCUGCUGGCAAGACGACCAUUCUGUAUAAACUGAAGUUAGGAGAGGUAGUCACCAACAUUCCUAUCAUUGGUUUUAAUGUGGAAAGAGUAGAAUAUAAGAACAUUUGUUUCACAGUAUGUGAUGUUGGUGGUCAAGAUAAAAUUAGGCCUCUCUGGAGGCAUUACUUCCAAAGUACCCAGGGUCUUAUUUUUGUGGUCGAUAGCAAUGAUCGUGAAAGAAUUCAGGAAGGAGCAGAAGAGCUGCAGAAAAUGCUUCAGGAAGAUGAGCUGCGAGAUGCCAUGUUUCUGCUUUCUGCAAGCAAACAGGAUUUGCCGAAUGCUAUGGCCAUUAGUGAAAUGAUAGAUAAAUUAGGUCCUCAGUCUUUUUGUAACAGAACGUGGUAUGUUCAAGCCACUUGUGCUACACAAGGAACUGGUCUGUAUGAGGGACUUGACUGGGUGUCAAAUGAGCUUUCAAAACGUUAAAUGAAACUCGGUAUCUAACCAAGGACAUGUUUGAUGGAAUCGGUCUAGG